AUCUGGUUGCCGGUUGCCGUAUUUUACACGUGGCAGACUCUCCCGUGGCAAACGACCAGAUACUAACUGGCCGACCCCACUCAAGACGCCCGUUGUGCGUGGAACCCUCAUGUGUUCAAUCGUCACCGCACGGGCGGACGAUCCGCUCGUCGUCCCUUUGGGAAAACCUGGAGAGGCCAAACAUGCAUCGCCGGCCCAUCGUCACCGCACGGCGCGGACGAUCCUUGUCCAUCAUUGCCAACAGCCACCAGCUUUCUUGCAAAGAAGAACACUUGCACUUCACAAGUUUGCAGGCUUUUCUUUAGACCCAGGCUUUGGGUUUGAUGAGUGCAACCUCUUUCACUGGUUGACCCAUGGGCAUCUGUGUGUUGGCUCCUUUUUUCUCGUUGUUUCCUUUUCACGGCGUGGCCAACGGGCCUUGGAACGCCCGCGUCCACGUUUGGCUCAAGAGGGGAUGCGGACCGAGCCGAACCGUGACGCGGGGAUGCGGCCAUAUGCGGCCAGGCGCUGAUGUGUGGGAUUUUCGCCUACAUUGGUGACAAGGAGGCAGCUGCCUUGCUCAUCACUGCUUUGAAGCGCCUGGAGUACCGUGGCUACGACUCGGCGGGGAUCGGUGUCCAUGGUGUACCCAUCAAAGUGCGGAAGAAGGUGGGCAAGGUGGCAAACCUGGAAGACGAUGUGUCCAAAGCGAUUGACACGGUGAAAGGCACCAUGGGCAUUGCGCACACGAGAUGGGCCACCCAUGGAAAGCCCUCAGAUAUCAACGCGCACCCUCAUGCAACGACGCAGUCGAGCAUUGCAGUGGUGCACAACGGAGUCAUUGAGAACCACCGAGCGCUCAAAGAGCAGCUGUCGGGCAAGGGCUACCAGUUCAUCAGCCAGACAGAUACUGAACUCCUGGCUCACCUCGUCGAGGACCUCAAAGGGCAGAUGGGGAAUGCCAGUUGGCUCGAGGUGGUCGCUACAGCACUGUGCCUCUGCGAAGGGGCUUAUGGCGUUGCAUUCAUUUUCCAGGACGAUCCCGACCUGAUCAUCGGCGCCCGCAAGGGGUCGCCCCUGAUCCUGGGGGUUGGACACGGCGAGCACAUGCUUGCCAGUGAUGCAUCUGCCAUCGUAGAACACACCAAGGACGUGGUCUACCUACGUGAAGGAGAGAUCGUUGAAGUCCGGCGGUCUGGGUUCAAGGUGCAUGACCUGGAGAAGGUCGUGAGGAAGUUGGGGAAGAACACCAUAAGCCCACGACCAGAUGAUGUGGAAAACCCCAUCGUGAGGCUGGAGCUGUCGCUCGAGCAAAUUGAGAAGGGUGGCUACAAGCACUUCAUGCUGAAAGAGAUCAUGGACCAGCCCAACGCCAUGCGGAACUGCCUCCGUGGCCGGAUCUACCAACCAGCGGAAGCACCCGACCGCUGGGAGAUCAAGCUUGGAGGCUUGGAGAAGGCCAAAGAGGGCGCCCUCAAUCCUCAGAGCCCACUGGAGAGGAUGGCAAAUGCCUGCAGAUUUAUUUUCGCGGCGUGUGGUACCUCCUGGCAUUCGGGCCUCAUUGGCAAGUAUGCUUUCGAGAAACUUGCUGGAGUGAGAGCAGAAGUGGAGUAUGCCAGCGAGUUCAGAUAUCGCAAGCCCUUGAUCUGUGACUCGGACUGUCUCAUUGCAAUCUCCCAAAGUGGGGAGACAGCAGAUACCUUGGAGGCCAUUAAGAUGGCCAAGGAGCAUAAAGCCUUGACCAUUGGUGUGGUGAACGUGGUGGGUUCGAGCAUUGCUCGUGAGACCGAUUGCGGCAUGUACCUACAUGCUGGGCCGGAGAUCGGAGUGGCUUCCACCAAGGCUUUCACCUGCCAGGUCAUAGCACUUCUCUUAAUGGCACUUCGUUUGGGCAAGCAGCGUGGUGCACUCUCGGAAGAGAUGCUGAACAUGUACUGUGCGGCCCUGAACGCCGUGCCGGACAGUAUAGAGAAGUGGAUGUCUUCCUUGACCGAACAGACCCAGGUGAUUUCGAAGAACCUCCGCUUGGCCACCAAUGCGCUCUUCAGCGGCAUGGGGGUCCACUUCCCGGUGGCCUUAGAGGGAGCACUCAAGCUCAAGGAGAUUUCCUACAUCCACGCCGAAGGCUUUCCAGCCUCCGAGAUCAGGCACGGAGGCAUCACGCUGAUCCGGAACUUUGUGCCGGUGAUUUGUAUAGCAAUGAGGUCCGACCCUGCUUACGAGCAAAUCAAGCAGAUGGUCCGUGACUUCAGGCACAAGGGUGCAGCUCUCCUGGUCCUCACGGAUGAUGGUAACACCGACUUUGCCGGUGUGGCACACUUCACCCUGUGCUGUCCGGCCACAAAGCUGGAGAUGCAGCCCUUGAUUAGCUGCAUACCCUUGCAGCUGCUGUCCUACCACAUUGCGGACAUGAGGGGCUGCUCCAUAGAUCAGCCACGGAAUCUGGCGAAGAGUGUGACCGUUGAGUGAGCAGUGGGUCUUCUUCCUCGCAGUUUCGUGAGGUGGUGCUUUUAAGGUCCUAAUUCUUUGGCUGCCCUCUGUGAUAAUUACAACGUUGG